AUGGAUCAGCCCCUGCAGGAGUUGGGCAUAGAUUCCAUUGGCGCAGUCGAACUUAGAAACUCUCUAUCGGGCACUCUUGGGAUCAAGCUGCCAGCUACUGCUAUGUUUGACUACCCAACUGUCGGAGCGAUGAUCGGCUACGUUAACAAAACCAUAGCUGAGCAGUUUUCAGGCCACAAUCUUACGGGAUUGUCAAGCGGUUUUGGAAAGGUGUCAAAGGCAGAAAGGAGAGUGGGCACAAUUGCCGUCGUUGGAGCGGCAUGCCACAUGCCCGGUGGUUCAACAACUACAGCCCGCUUCUGGGAAAUGCUGCAAGCAGGAACAGACUGCAUGAAUGAAAUCCCACUGGAUAGGUGGAACAUGUUUGCCUUUUACAAUCGUGAUCCGGAUCAUCCUGAUACAACUUAUGCAAAGCUUGGUGCUAUGGUCGAGCAGCCAUUCCACUUCGACAAUUCACUAUUUAACAUUAGCAAUAUAGAGGCACAGGUGAUGGAUCCUCAGCAGCGUCUCAUGAUGGAAGUUGCGUACGAUGCUGUUUGGUCUGCUGGCUUCGAGAAAACGGACCUUGUUGACCAGGAGAUUGGCUGCUUCGUUGGUUGCUGUAAUUCAGACUGGCACAUGCUUGAACUGCCUUCUGGAUCGUUUACAGGGACUGGUGGAGCGCCGUCAAUCAUCUCGAACAGAGUCUCGUACGUAUUUGGCCUAAAGGGACCUUCAUUGACAGUCGACACUGCGUGCUCUUCUUCCCUCGUCGCCCUGGAUAGUGCAGCUACGAAAAUUGCAGAAGGCUGCUGCACAGGUGCUCUGGUAGGAGGCGUCAAUAUAAUGUUGUCUCCAAACCUGUUCAUUUGUUUUGCAAAAGCCCGUAUGAUUUCGCCAGACUGCCGUUGUCGAUCGUUUGACCAGCGGGCGAAUGGUUAUGCACGGGGUGAGGGUGUUGGAAUGGUCUUCUUGCGCCCACUUGAGGACGCCUUGAAGGAUGGAAACCCCGUUUUUGCCACCUUAAGAGGCUCUGCUGUAAACCAUGGAGGGAGGAGUGCAAGCCUUACUGCUCCCAGCGGUCCUGCCCAGCAAGCUGUCAUAGUCGCAUGCCUGGGACAAGCAGGGGUGCAGCCACACGAAGUGACAAUCUUGGAGGCCCACGGUACAGGCACCCCUCUUGGCGACCCAAUAGAGAUGGGCGCCGUUCGUGCAGUCUAUGGUCUUGGAAGGACUGCUGAAACUCCUCUUUUUAUUGGGGCCCUAAAGAGCAAUAUUGGGCAUUUGGAGGGUGCUGCAGGAAUAGCAGGUCUAAUAAAGCUUAUGCUCUGCCUUCGGCAUCGCGAGAUUCCUCAAAAUCUUCACUUUGAGAAGCUCAAUUCCUACAUUGAGCUGGACGACAUGCCCGUGGUUUUCCCAAAGUCGUCGAUGGGUCUAACGGGUAGUACAAAGCUGCUUGGCGCUGUGAGCUCCUUCGGUUUCGGCGGUGCCAACGCUCACGCAGUGCUAGAGGAAUAUGUUCAGCUGGAGACGACUGCAAGGCGGAGAGAGCCAAUUGCAUGGUCCCGCAAGAGUUUCAAUACCCGCCAAGUCUUGCACCCUCAUGUCGCUCGGGUCCAAGAACUGGACAACGGCGACAUCAUAUACGAAGGAGAGGUCAGGAGGGAGCACUACGAGAUCAUGGCACAACAUAAGCUUCACGAACGCCCUGUGAUGCCGGGAGCCUUGUACCUGGAAACUAUGGCUGCGGCAGUUAGCUGCAAGCGCUCCAAGCCCUCAGGAUGCAUCUGCCCGGUUGAGGUAGACCAUUCUAAGGUCGUCAUAUUGGAGGAAGUAGAAUUCCAGCGCCCCAUGCUCCUGGAAAAGCCAGUCACAGACGGUUUACAUGAUUCUCAGCGGCUUUUCGUUACUAUGUCCCCAGGAGGCCAGGUGACUCUCUCGAGCUCAAAAGGGGAAGACGAUGAAACAUUUGUUCACGUCUCUUGCCGCUACAUCAAAGAAGAGCAACAGGAGAGAGAAACGAGGUCAUCCGCAGAGCUACUGAAGAUUUUCGAAACUGACAAGAAUCGCCAAACUGUGGAUGUGGAGCAAAUGUAUCAGCGUAUUAAAGACAAUGGGCUAGUACUCGGUCCAAAGUUCCGAGUAGUGAAGGCCAUUGAGUGUGGACCUUCCAGUGCGAAACUGCGUCUCGAGCUGCCUGGUCCCAUUUCCAUUGGCGAAACUGGCUACCGUUUCCAUCCUUGCGUCCUUGAUGGAACUUUUCAAACAGUUGGGGCAUUGGUGAGGUCGCAUGACCUAGCAGCAGCAAAGAGGGAUUCGCUUCAGCCUCGUCCUUUCCGACUCAUGAUUCCUUUCAUGAUUCAGCGGGUAGAAAUGCGAUCUAUGAACGGUGUGCAUAAAGCUCUCCUCGCUCACGUCUCCCUCGUGAAGCGUGAUGCAACCCAAGCAGUGAUGGACAUUGAAAUUAUGACUGAAGAUGGGGAAUGGGUUGCAAGUAUUGUGCGCCUUACGAUGAGGGCGGUCGACCCCGUCCCAGCAGCUGAAGUUCCUCGAGAGCUACUAUGGCGAUCGCAAUGGCAAAAGUUUAGAUCGCUUCCGCAUAUUCCUGAAGACGCCAAAUUGGAGGUUGUCUUGAUUGACUUCCGGGAGAAAAAGGACGCCACCUUUAUUCAUCUUGAAGAGAUCAUGAAGCCAUUCAAGUGCACACUUGUGAACAGUCCGACUGUUGAAGAACUUAUGCCCAUUCUCGUCGAGUCACGGGAAGCUUCUAAGGAAGUUCCCAAGCUUAUUGUUGUUGCAGCAACAACGGAUGCGGCAAGUGACAUUUCCGUUGUUGUCGGUCUUACGAUUCUCUGCAAGGCAGCGCGCCGGGCCAUAAUCUCUGACAAGACAGCUGUGCUCAGACCCAUAUGGGCCAUAACUAGGGGCCUUUUCACCUCGGACGGGAAACGUGGCGGCUGCUCCCAAGCAGGCAUUUGGGGUUUUGCACGCGCUGUACGUUUGGAAACUGCAGCCCAAUUGGGUAGGCUAAUUUCGCUUGGGUGCGUGGAUAUCGCAGACGCAACCAGUUUGCCUCAGACCUUGUAUGCAUUGGCUUCGCUUCAAGAAACACAGCCUUAUGAGCCGGAGCUUGUGGUGUGUACAAAAGUUGCCCAAGAAGUGGUUGAUGGCGACGCCCCCGGUGACAGUGGGAAUGAGGCACUACCAGAGCCUCAACCUGAAGAGCCUUCCAUUUUUGUUCACCGGCUUGCAAAGUGGAAGAAGGGUGUUCGAGGGCCUGUUGAACUUCAUCUUCCUGACAGAGGAGCCAUAGCUAGCCUCGUUCUGAGGGCGCAAGCAGUCAGCCACAGGAGACAACCGAAGGGGAACAUGGUGGAAGUCAGAGUACGUGCCAUUGGCCUAAACUUCCGCGACGUCCUGAACGUAAUGGGACUUUAUCCAGGGGAUCCGGGACCGCCGGGGUCCGACUGUGCAGGGACAGUGGUCGCGGUUGGUCCAGAAGUGAAGCGCUUGAAGCUUGGUGAUAACGUAUUCGGCAUAGUUCCUGGAUGCCUAAGGACAUUCGCAGUGACGAGCGAAGAUUUACUGUGGAAACUUCCCGAGGGCCUAUCUUUCGCUGAAGGUGCUACUCUUCCAGUUGUGGCAACCACUGUUCAACAUGCACUUGGAGACCUUGCAAAAGUUAAGGCAGGCGAUAAAGUUCUUAUCCAUGCUGUUUCGGGAGGGGUCGGUCUCUUGGCGAUUCAGCACUGCAAGCGCGUCGGGGCGACUAUCUAUGGGACUUGCGGGAGUGAAGCUAAGACCAAGUAUGUGAGGGAAUUGGGUGUGCAGUUUGUGACAUCAAGCCGCAAACCAGAGAUUUUCGUUAAAGAUAUGCAAAAGUACCUUGGCAAAAAUGGCAAAGUUGAUGUUGUACUAAAUUCCCUACUCGACCCCUUCAUAUCGGCUUCGCUUUCAUUCCUAUCAGAAAAUGGCAUUUUUAUUGAGCUAGGCAAAAGAGGCAUAUGGACACACGAACAAAUGAAGGCGGCGAGGCCAGAUGUUCAGUAUGAGACUGUUGCUGUAGAUCUUAUGAUUGAAGAUAAUCCUCGCUGGUUUGCCCUUCAACUGCACCGCAUGACUCAGCGUCUGGAGUCAGGAGACCUAACUCCUAUUUCGGCAACUGUUUUCGACAUGACGGAUCAUCAAGAUGGCGGUGUUGCUGCUUUCCGCUUCCUGCAAAAGGCUCAGCAUGUGGGAAAGGUGGUCCUCACUAUACCCAGCGCGCUUUCACCUAAGGAGCAUACGGCCCUCCUCAAAAAGUCGUACGUAAUCACAGGGGGCCACGGAGCACUCGGACUUGUUGUAUGUAAGAUGCUCGUGGAGGAGGGGGCACGACACAUUGCACUACUUUCGCGAUCUGGAGAGCCAUCGGCGGAGCUUAAGGAGGGAGAUAUUUGGCAGUAUCUCCUAAGCACCCAUCCCAACAUACAUAUCAAAAACGUGAAGUGCAACGUAAGCAAGAAGGAAGACGUGCUGAAAGCGUUUAAGGGGCUUCAGUCGGAUAAGUGGCCUCCCGUUCGGGGCAUAUUCCAUGCAGCCGGAGUGACUGACGACAAAGCACUUGCAGAGCAGGACAAGGCGUCAAUUGAGAAGGUGUACGCUCCAAAGGUGGUGGGUGCUUGGAAUUUGCAUGAGGUGUGCGAUGAGUUGGACUUGAAUAAGGACCUUGAAGUCUUUUUAAUGUUCUCUUCAGUUGCUGCGCUUCUGGGGAACUUUGGCCAGGCAAACUAUGCGGCGGCCAAUUCCUGCCUAGAUUCCCUUGCAUCGUGGCGCCGAUCUAUAGGGUUGUGUGGACAGAGCAUUCAGUGGGGUCCGUGGGUGGAGCAAGGCAUGGCAGCUGGGUUGAGGCAGGAGGUGGAAAAGCUUGGGUUACGCGGAAUUACUAACGAGAUCGGCGUUCGUGUGCUUGUUGACUGCCUACGUGGAGGUGACAUGCCCGUCCCAGUUCUUUGCCAAGCCUUUAGGUGGAAAAAGUACAGCGAGCAGUUCGACACGAUGCCGCGCUUCUUUGAAUAUGUGGAGUUGGACGUCACAACUCCAGCGGCGCUGCGUCAACUAUAUAGUUCGAUGACCCCAGAGCAGCUAAAGGAGCAUGUUACUAAGGUCGUUAUUGACACCGCUCGGCAGGUCUUGGGUGCAGCAGAAGUUCCUCCCCUUGAUUCGCCUUUGCAGGAGUUGGGUAUCGACUCACUGGGUGCAGUGGAGCUACGCAACGGGCUCGCCCAAAGACUUGGAGUCAAACUCUCCGCAACGACACUCUUCGACUAUCCUACUAUAGGGGCAAUUAUAAACUACAUUCAAAACCAAAUAUCGGGGAGUAUGUCUCCAGGUACAACAGAUAUUCCGGCAACUGCAAUGUCCGUCAUGGGUCAAACGCAGGGACUGGCCGUCAUUGGUGCAUCAUGCAGGCUUCCAGGAAACAGUGAUACUCCUGGGUUACUCUGGGAGAUGCUGUUAAGGGGAAAAGAUUGCGUCUCAGAGAUUCCAUUGACUCGGUUUGAUGUAGACCUAUUCUAUGACGCCGAAAUAGAUGCAAAAGGGAAGAUGUACGUCCGCAAGGCAGCUUUCAUGGAGAACGCCGAAAUGUUUGACAACGCAUUUUUCAGCCUUUCUCCAGCGGAAGUUAACUACAUGGAUCCCCAACAGCGCAUGGCGCUGGAAGUCGCAUACGAUGCUUUUUAUUCAGCAGGCUAUUCUCGUGAAACUCUGGUGGGAAAGUCAUUCGGCGUGUGGAUCGGUUGUUGUAACUCAGAUUGGCACUUUCUGGAGCAGCAGUCGGAUCCUUUCAAAAGCAGCAGUUAUUCAGGCCCUGGGGGCUCCGGCUGUCUGGUUUCAAACCGAGUAUCUUAUGUGUUCGGGAUCAACGGACCCAGCAUGACGAUUGACACUGCGUGCUCCUCUUCCCUCGUUGCAAUGGACUCCGCCUUCCAGGGAAUCCGCCUCGGAUACUGCUCUGGCGCAUUGGUGGCUGGAAUCAACUUGAUGCUGUCUCCACAGCUAUUUCUCGCUUUUUGCAAGGCAAGGAUGCUCUCACCAGAAUGCCGUUGUGCUACAUUCGAUGCAGCUGCGAAUGGUUACGUGCGUGGAGAGGGAGCAGGAGCAGUCGUUCUCAGGCCACUACAAGAUGCCGAGUCCCAGGGGCAAAAGAUAUUGGCAGUGCUGAAAGGAACAGCAGUUAGUCACAAUGGCCGCAGCGCUAGUCUUACUGCCCCGUAUGGCCCUAUGCAGCAGGAAUGCAUGAAGCUUGCCCUUCGGCACGCAAAUGCGAAUCCAAAAGACGUUCGGUAUAUCGAGUCCCACGGUACAGGAACAUCUCUUGGGGACCCAAUUGAGAUGGGGGCUAUCCGCGCUGUUUAUGGAGUAAAUAGGAAUGAUAGCAAUCCUCUGAUAGUUGGCGCCCUCAAGUCGUAUAUAGGUCACUUGGAGGGUGGCGCCGGAAUUGCAAAUGUCUUGAAGGUCCUAGUCUGCCUUGCACACCGUGCCGUCCCUCCCAACCUGCACUACUCUACCCCUAAUCCCUUCAUGGACAUUGAAGGUUUUCCGCUCGUGUUGCCAAACACUGUUGUUCCACUGGAACCUCCGGCUAACAAGGCAAAAGUGCUCGCAGGAACUAGCUCCUUCGGGUUUGGAGGAGCAAAUGCUCAUGUCAUACUCGAAGAAUACGUUGGAAAAGUGGGAAAGGCAGCUGCUACCAACAGUGUAGAAAAGCGGAAAGUUGCAUUUUUCUUUACGGGGCAGGGUAGUCAGUAUGCGAACAUGGGGAAGGAGCUGUAUGAAAACGAACCAAUUUUCAGGGAGGCGCUCGAUGAGUGCAGCAGCAUUCUGAAGAGAAAGCUUCCAAUUCCUUUGAUUGAGGCAAUUUACCCAACAAAGGAGACAUCGACUGGCUCACCACUACUCGAGCAGGCCGUCUACGCUCAGACAGCAAUAUUUGCAGUGGAAUAUUCCCUCCUGUGUCUUGCCAGGGGCAAGGGUCUCGAACCUGAUGUUGUCUUGGGCCACAGUAUAGGAGAGUAUGCUGCAGCUGUUGCUGCGAACAUUAUGAGUUUGGAAGAUGCGCUUCACCUAAUAGUCGAGAGAGGGCGGAUAAUGCAGGGAAUUGAUCCACGUGGAGGCAUUAUGGUUGCAUGCCGCUGCACACAGGAGGAUGCACAGAAGGCGAUUGAAAGUCUUGGAGAGUCAGCAAAGACAGCGGAAGUGUCAGUCAUCAAUGGACCUAGGAGCAUUGUGCUGUCUGGUGAGGAGUCACACGUUUUGAAGGUAAUUCAUAAGCUCGGCCUUGGUGAACGAUAUAAAAGGCUCAAUACAACACACGCCUUUCACAGCAGCUUGGUUGCCGAUGCAGUCAAGCCGUUCUCCGAGGCGCUUUCCGGCAUUAAACUCAGACAGCCAGCUGUAGAAUUCAUUUCAACAGCGCUGGGCACCAAAACGGCUGAUGAGGUCUGCACUGUUGACUACUGGGCCCUCCAAAUUACUCGUCCCGUGAAAUACAUGGAAAGCCUCCGAGAAGUGAUGGAAUCUGAAGUAUCAAUAAUUGUAGAAGUUGGCCCGAUGCCAACUCUCAUUACCAUGGCACAACAGUCCUUGAAGGCGUCCGAAGUUCUCUGCGUCUCGCUGCUUGACCCACAAACUUCAGAUAUGGAGCAGGUUUCUAACAGCAUAAACGCACUCUUAUCGAAGGAACAACGCCACCAUGAAUGGAAACGGCAGGCUUUCCCAUGGUUUAAGCUCGCAACGCCGCUGGUGGAUAGCGUUCAAAGCGAAGGAACCACUCAGGCCACCGCAACAACCGUUUUAGAUGCUCAUGUACUUGAUCUGCUGCGAGACCAUGUCGUUAGCCAAACACCCAUCAUGCCUGCUGCUGGCUUCUUGGAGAUUAUGAGCAGCGCAGCAUUUAUGCACUAUGACGGUAAAAUUCCAAGCACCGCGACUGUACUAACAGACGUAGAAUUCGAUCGUCCAAUGUUGCUUGCCGAUCCAGAACGUACGCAAAAAGGGAACGAGCCAAGUGUGGCUAUAAUUGCCAUUGUCAACAAGGAUGAAGUUCAGGUCAAAAGCCAGCUAGAAGAAGAUGAUGAAAUGCAUGUCCAUUGCCGAGCUUCGGUCACCCUUUCUCCGGCCGACACUGUCUUCGACUUAUCUGAAGGAUGGGGGUUCUUGGAGGAAGCUAAAAAACGCCUGCCGCAGGCUGUUCCUCCCGAUGAAAUCUACAGCGCAAUGGCGUUGUCUGGACUGCAAUACAAGAAAAGGUUCCAGACUAUACGUGAGGCAUACAGAAAUGAAACUGAAGCAAUUUGCAGGCUACAAGUUCUGCAGCCGUCUCUUCCAUUCGAAAGGAACUUCCGUUUCCAUCCAGCCUUGUUGGAUGGUGCCAUCCAGUCUGCCUCUCUACUGCUUGACGACGUGCAGCCAACUCGGCCUAUGGUUCCUGUGGGCAUUCGCAAGGCAGCCAUGGCCAGACUUCCACCCGAUGUUGUUGUUUGGAGCCACGCAGUCCUGAAGAAGAAAGAUUCAAGCACCGCCGUCCUAGAUCUUACUAUAUUUGGAGGUAAAGGGAGACCGUAUGCAAUGCUCGAUGAUCUGACGCUACGUGUUGUGGACAUGUCUCAGCGCGCCUCAAUCCCAAGGAAUUUUCUUUGGGAAGUCAAAUGGAGUCCACGCUUCCCUGAAUCGGAAGCAAAGGCAGCUGUAUCCACCACAAAUAGCGCCGGUAGUUCUCCAGGGCACGGCGGGGGCCAACAGGAUGAUAUCGAGACCCGCACAACAUCGCCACAAUCAGAUUCUCACCCUCGGCGAGCGGUUCCUAUUUUGCUGCUCAACUGCCCUGAAGACUUUGUGGAAGGUAUGAAGGGAUACGCCAGUUCAACGCCUUUCCAGAUGGCUUCAGUGGACGCAUUGCAAGGUGCCUUGGACCGAAAGGGGGCAGAAGGCAAAGUAUUCCGUGGAAUUGUUUACAUGGGCGCACUGGGAAAACUGCGCUCGGAGGUCGACUGCAUUGACGAUUGUCUGACUAUCUCUAAGGCUUUGGCUCAAGCUCCAGUUCACGUUGAGAUCCCUCCAACAUUUAUCCUUACUACAGGGCACGUCCAAGUCACAGAAGAUGACGCCGUCACUAAUCCAACUCAUGGUGGUGUCUGGGGGUUCUGCCGCUCGGCUAGACUUGAAGUCGAAAACAUAAUAGGGAGACCGGUACAAAUUGGAUGCCUAGAUGUAACUCCAGAAGCAGCGACGACACCCUCGAUAAUUGCCCACAUUAUUGAUCAGGCUAUGCCCGAUGAUGACUCUCCCCCCGAAGUGGAACUUUGCUUCCGCAACGACGUGCAGUAUGUCCCUCGUUUGACGAAAUCUCACAUUGAGUGCCGUGGUCCAGUCGAACUCUUUAUGGGUAACCGUGGAGCUUUAAGCAUGCUCAAGCUACGCCCUUUGCCUGCCGCAGCAAGGGUCGAUCCUCCAGAAGGAUGUGUUGAAGUACGAAUACGGGCGGUCGGUUUGAACUUCCGGGAUGUGCUCAACGUUAUGGGGUUGUAUCCCGGCGAUCCGGGUCUACCUGGAGCAGAUUGCUCAGGUACUGUGGUGCGCGUUGGACCUGGAGUGAACAGAUUCAAAAUUGGUGACUGUGUUUAUGGAAUAGUCCCAGGCUGUUUAAGGAGCUUUGCCAUAACGUCUGCUGAACUCAUACGGUUGAUGCCUGCUGGUUUCUCAUUUGAAGAAGCAGCUGCGCUUCCCGUGGUUGCAUCCACUGUUGAAUAUUCCUUGGGAGAUCUAGCUAAAGUGAAGGCAGGAGAAAGAGUACUGAUACACGCUGUCACUGGCGGUGUAGGUUUAGCAGCGGUCCAAUUCUGCCAGCGCGCAGGCGCCAUUGUCUACGGAACAUGCAGUGGCGGCCGCAAGGCCGAAUUUGCCAGGACUUCGGGGGUCGAAUACAUAAGCACCAGCCGAGAUGCAGCUGCAUUUGCAAACGAUAUGCGCGAGUUCCUGGGGGAGGAUGGGCACAUUGAUGUAGUGCUGAACUCUCUCGUCGAUGAUUACAUCCCAGAAUCCCUCAAGCUCUUAGGGCCCAACGGACGUUUCAUGGAAUUGGGCAAGAGAGGCAUUUGGACUCACGAACAGAUGAAGGAAGCCCGUCCAGAUGUAUAUUACGAGACCAUCGCUGUGGACACUAUGAUGGAGGAGGAUCCUGCAUGGUUUGGUGGCAUGCUUGACAGAAUCCGGGAGCGUGUGGAAAGUGGUCAGCUCAGUAGCCUUCCGCUGAAGGUGUUUGAUAUGGAGGACCCCGUUGAAGGAGGAGUGGCGGCAUUCCGGUUUCUGCAGAGGGCUCAGCACAUUGGGAAGGUAGUAAUUCGAAUGCGUAGUGCCCUGCAAACGAGCAGUGGCACAAAUAACAAGGAAGGAUGUGCUGAAUGUCCUGUGUCGCCGACGGCACUCAGAAGCAUUGGGGACGCUGAGAAGACAUACAUUAUAUCUGGUGGUCACGGAGCACUCGGGCUUGUUGUAUGUAAGAUGCUCGUGGAGGAGGGGGCACGACACAUUGCCCUUCUCUCGCGAUCCGGAGAGCCAUCGGCGGAGCUUAAGGAGGGGAGCAUUUGGCAGUAUUUGUUGAGUACUCAGCCUAAUAUUCAAGUAAAACACAUUAAAUGCGACAUAAGCAAGAAGGAAGACGUACUAAAAGCGUUUAAGGGGCUUCAGUCGGAUAACUGGCCUCCCGUUCGGGGCAUAUUCCAUGCAGCCGGAGUGACUGACGACU